GCCUUCGGAGCGGGGGGCGGUGAGGGAAGAUGGCGGCGUGCAGACGAUGGCGGUUGGUGCGCGCGAUCGGUUUGAAUGGCGGGCGGGAGUGGAGAGUGGGCCGCGCGGGGCUGGUCACUGAGCCGGCUCCAAGCCUGACUCCCCGGUACCCGCCCGUCCUCCCGUCCCGUACCGCCAAAAGCAAGUCAUCUCAGAGGCGGAGAGUCGACGAGUUUUUCCAGCGGGUUCACGGGGCCCCCUCGGCGUCCGAGAAGAUCCGGCUCCUGACCCGGAUCCAGCGGCUGAAGUACAUCGUGUACCCGCAGACACUGUCCCUGGAGGCAGACCGCUGGUACCAGAGCUUCACCAAGACCGUCUUCGUGCCGGGGCUGCCCGGCCGCCUCAGCGGCCCCCAGCCCGGAGCUGAGCCGGAGCUCGACCGCCUCAGGUCCCUGGUGUGCGAGGCGCUGUCGCAGGAGAACUUCUACGUGAAGAGGCGGCGUCCGUUCCUGUACCGGGACAGGGAGCAGACGGUGCUGCCACUUCUCGGGAACAUGGUGCCGCGGCUCGUCAGCGCCUUAGCUUCAGAAAACCCGCUGCUUGGAGUCUCCUCUCUGGAUUUUGAACCAGACGUUAACUUUUACUGGUUGCGGGGUGAACAAACUGUUCCUCGGGGUCAUCGGAAAGGACGAGUAGAUCCUAUUCGUUUCCAGAUUGAUGACAAACCUUACUGCCAAAUCCGUGUUCCUAAACAACUCCCUGAGUUUGUGCCCUUGCAACAUUCAGUUCCUGAAGAUGUUCCUGUUAUUCAUGUAGAACCAUGUCGACUUCCACUAUUUCAACGACAGUAUGACAACAAUAUUUUCAUUGGUUCAAAGAUUGCCGAUUCUUCCUGUUACGGACACACCCAAUUUCAUUUUGCUUCUGAUAAAUUGAGGCGAGAAAAACUAAUAAAAGACAACCUAGCUGACCAGAUUGAAGUGCGUUUGCGUGCCAAUGGCAUUGCAAGUUUGUUUGCUUGGACUGGAGCACAAGCAAUGUAUCAAGGAUUCUGGAGUGAAGCAGAUCUAACCCGACCAUUCGUCUCCCAAGCUGUGAUUACCGAUGGAAUUUAUUUCUCCUUCUUUUGCUAUCAGUUGAACACACUAGCUUUGACUGCCAGUGCAGACCAGCAUAACAGCCGCAAAAACGUUUGCUGGGGAACAGAAAGUAUGCGCCUGUAUGAGGCUGUUGAAGGAGACAAUGUGAUUGGGUUCAGUGAUGAAGUCCUGAGUCUCCUUGUUCGCUUCUUACUUAAUAGACCUGAAUCAAGCGAAAGUAACCGAGGUUGAAUGUAACAUUGAGUGUUUGUAUGUAAUUUAAAGAUUGUAAUAUAUGUGUUGAAAUUAGGUAUGUCUAAAGAUUUCAAGUUUAACUGCUUAAAAUACAUUUUUCUGGAAUGUC